AGAAUGGCAGACAUAUUCAGACAAGAUGAUGUGACAAAACUGUUAUCUGACCGCAGUGUUCUGAUGCUGGGUGAUUCUAAUAUGCGAUCUAUAUACAGAGACCUCAUUUACUUACUAGUAGAUGGGGGUAUCAUUCCACCAGAGAUGCUAAGGAGAGCUAAGAUGAACAGAAAUGACAUCAUUUUCACACAGUCACGAAAUGCAGGCCACUGCGGAGACCGAGUGGUUGAAAUGUCAAAGGAAGAUACAGCUGGACGUGACUAUUUUGAAGUCCGAGCAUUUGAGAGUAAUGGCUUGUGUGUUCGAUACAUCUUCAUCACACAAGUUUAUUCCUCUACCGUAAAGAAAGAGUUAAAAGCUAUUGAGGAUGGACAGGCACCAAUUCCGCACGUGGUGAUCAUGAACUCCUGCAUAUGGGAUUUAACUCGAUUAACACUUAAAAAUGACAUCAUACUAAAGUACACAGCAGAAAUCCUGCAGUGGAGGCUCAUCUGGGGAGCAAAGCAAGAAGAUCAAUACAAGAAGAAUAUGGUUGACCUAUUCCAACAUCUGCGUUGUCUGCUGCCGGAUGACACCCUCAUGAUAUGGCUCACUACACUGCCGGUGUCCACAGAGAAAAUCAGAGGGGGUGUUAUGAUCAAGCAGUUGGAGUUUGUACAGCACAGUAUGGAGUUCAUUGUAAUGGAGGCAAAUAAGUUUGCGCAGGAACUGUGCAUGGCAUUCGAUUUUAACUUGCUUGACCUGCAUUACUAUAUGCGAUUUCAACUUCAAAGGCGGACAAAGGAUGGCCUCCACUGGGAACCUCCAGCUGUGAGGAUGAUGACCAAUUUCAUCCUUUCACACAUAGCAUUGAGUUUUGGUGAAACCCUUCCUGGUAAUACCAAAGAUGUUCUUUUGAAAGAAGCAAUAUGCCUAGCUGAAGAGGCAAAAUCUUCUUUAGGAGACAAGCCUGAAAUUAAUUUGGAACAAGAGAUAAAGGAAAUCAUUUUGAGUGUGCAAAAGCAGUCUGACACACACCAGAAGCUGGACAGGAACUUCGAAGAAAGACGCAAAGUCACAGAGAGAGUCAAGUGUCAGGCCAGACGCACCCUGAGAAAGGACAGUGGCCAACCUGGGAAGUCAUCAGCACAAAAUACAAAAAGGCAUAACUCUGUCUUUGAUAGAGCACCUGUUUACAAGGGGAAUGAGCAUGUUAACAAAACGGCUACAUACUACAACGAGCGCAUUACAAAGGGCCUUAACUGUUUGGCAGGCAACUAUAACAUGCGUCGUCCACCUUUAAUUCCUAACAAUCCAUAUGAGCAACAAUACUUUACAUAUGGUCAAGGUUAUGGGACAUCUUCAUAUUCCUCACAGUAUAUGUUACCUCAUGUGCAGAACCACUAUAGUAACAAGAUUUGGGCUAAUCCUGGUCAUCAGCACAGUGAAUUGGUGCGAGGAUAUUCUCAAGAAGAAAACAACAACCAACAAAGAUUCCAUUUCCAAAACUCUUGCCAACAACCUACAUAUCCACAGAUGAAUCCCAACCAGCAUUCAUCAUAUUCACCAUGGUACCAUAAUCAACAGAGUCUAUAUCGCCAUAACGGUGGCUACUGUUGAUUCCACCUGCUUCAAAUCCCAUGCCAGUAGUAUAAUUUUAUUUUGGAGCAGUAUUAGCAAUGAAAGGGCAAAUAUUUUGUUACCUCCAGUAUGCAGUGUCAAAAAUCACACACAUAUCAUUAAGUUUUUGUCUUUUUUAUAACUUGGUUACAUAAAAUGUUAUUGCAUUUCAUCAGUACAUAAUAUU